CAAUUCGUCUUCGAAAUAGAACUUAGAUCAGUAUUCGAGUUUCGUCCAAAGAUAAAGAAGUUCCUGUAUUCGUUUAUACUGGCAAAUUAAAUCUUUAACGAUGAUCAAGUACAAGCAUUUGGCAAAAUUUCGGGUACCGAAACGAUUCGUUAUUGUUGCGAUGGUGUUUUUUGGAUACGGUAAUAUUUUCUAUUUGCACACGAAUUUGGCCAUGGCUGUGGUCGAGAUGACAUCUUCGAAAAAUUACUCGGACACGAAUGGUAACGUAGUACAUAUUGAACCAGAAUUCAAAUGGAACUCCAAAGAGAAAGGAUUGGUGUUAAGCACUUUCUCAUACGGUCGUUUAUUGGGCCCCGUAGGGGGUGUUUUAGCUGGCCGUAUAGGUGGAGCAACCCUAUUUGGAAUCGCCAUUAUGGUUACAGCUUUGGUAACACUAAUGACACCCUAUCUACUUUACAACAGCUUUAGUUUAUUUGUGAUCACGAACGUGAUUCUUGGAGUAUUUGAGGCAUUCCAGUACGCGAGCAUUUCACAACUUUGGUCCAGAUGGGCACCUCCUGACGAGCGUUCAAAAUUCGUCUCAUUCAGCGUAAUUGGGUUAUAUGUAGGCAACAUUAUAGCUUUUUUGAUAGCUGGAUGGAUGUUGAACACAUGGGCAUGGCCUUGGCUUUUCUAUGUCAGUGGAGCUGCCACCUUGGGAUGGUAUGGUAUUUGGGUGCUGGUUGUGAGCAAUGAUCCACACUGAAAAAAAUGAUUUUUGAAAUCAUGUACUCAUCACCUGAAUUAAUGCAAUGAGUACUGUACAAAGUGGUAUAUUGCGCUGUCAUGUAAUGGUCCAAGUUACUUGCAGAACAAGUGCAUUGUUUCAUGUAGUGAGUACUUGAUGGUAAUGUAUAGGUUCCCCCCUUGGAAAUUCAUGCAGUCAUUACUGCGAAUUACUGCAGUGGUUGUUGUUUAAAAGAAAUGUCAUGUAUUAGGUACAUGAUUUCUAAUUAAUGCAGUAAACGUUACAUAUCAGAAUGGGAAAUAUACUGGGUGCUAUUGCUAGUCAGGCAUUGGGUACAAUUAUCAUUUUAGAUAAAGGGCUUAGUACAUUAGAAAAAUGUACAAAAUGCAUUAUCUGGGACUCAGUACAUUUUGUAAUGUACUGAGUCCCAAAUAAUACGCAUUUCCAGCUUCCAUCAACAUAGUCUACAAGUUAGUCUUGUGUGCUCUUGUGUGCAAAGCUAAUGUUUUCAAUAUUACGCAUGGUGUUACUUAUUGAAAAUACUUGGCACUUUCCUCUGUUUUUGUUGAUUUUCAAUAAAAUUGGUGAUUUUUAACGCA